AGGUACUUAACACCUAUGUCCUCACUCAAGGUGUCAUAGGGAUCAUAAGGUAAAAAUGAAUACCUGACUUCGGUAAGGGACGUCUCAGAUAGAAGGCAAAGAUGGAUUCAGGUUCUGUGCGUUGAAGUGGGGCAUUUUUGACAUUGUUGUACAAGUAGAAUGUGUCGUCCAGCAGUGAUCAGUAGUCACACGGUCGCAAAAUGAGAUAAUCGAAUGUUACUAAUGAACACUCCAAGACCGGCCACACUCCUUUGUCGGCUUUUGGUACUACCUUAUGCUAGCAAGGCACCUGCGUGGAGAUUAAUGAUUAGAUACUGACCGAGGUUUUUCUUAUACUCCAGCUGUUGACAGGUGGUACCCUCCCUCCUGUGCUGAGGUGAAGUCCCGUGGUGGGCAUGCGCAGGACAGCAGCGGCAGUUACAUCAUAGACCCUGACGGACCGGGGACAGGCGUGGAACCAUUUACCGUCUCCUGUGACUUUAACCAAACAGUGACAACCACCGUCCACCACAACAGAGAGGAGAUGGCCCACGUGGACGGACAUGAACACCCCUUGUCCUACCGGGUAGACGUGUCGUACGCCGCCAGCAUGCGCCAAAUACAAGCGCUGAUGGCGAUUUCUGACAGUUGCGAACAAAAUGUAGAGUAUCACUGUUACGGCUCGGCCAUAUUCUAUUCAGAGAAAGAGUCAAAACCCGACAAGCAGCAUGCCGCCUGGUACUCUAGAGAGGGAACGGGGAUGUCUUACUGGCCAGGGGCAAGGGGCCACGCGGGAAAGUGUGCGUGCGGUGUAACAGGCACGUGUGACAAUGGAAACCCACGUUGCAACUGUGAUAACAACGACGACACCUGGCGGAAAGAUGCAGGAACUGUAACGGACAAGAGCCUACUACCGGUGACAGGACUGGCGUUCGGUGACACAUCAAUCAAAGUCUGCUUCGACGAAAACGAAAACAUAGUAUCCCUUCUGGACGAACAAGGAUUCUAUGUGUUGAGUCCCCUCCGAUGCAGGUCUAGUGAUGCAGGAACACCGCAGACAACAGCCCAACCUUUGGUUCCAACUAGUUCGACUUCCAAAAAGCCAAACUUUACUGAGACUAAACAUACAGCUCUUCUAACGAAAACGGAAAGUUCGAAUUCAGAUUCUCUCCUGAGAAGUACCCCAAGAAACAGAGAAGAAACAGCAAUAGAGGGAGACCAAAAUGUAGAUAGGAAGACACUAAGUCAAGAUGAAGACAGUAGGAUUCAAGAUGGGGAUAUGGAAGAACCGUCUGAUGACAAGAAAAAGGACAACCAACCACAUGGUGACCAAACUCCAGAAGACAUUCCAAAUCCUAAAGAGAAGCCACCGAAAGAUAGUCUCGACGAAGAUGAAGGGGAGGAAAGACCAGUUGAAGUCCUCCAGAAAGAAGACAUCGACCAACCACCAAAUAUAGACACUGGCACCAAAGACGAGAAUAACCAGUUGAUCACAGAUCACUCUUCAGUAAAUGUUCCAAAUCCAGUCCUACAGGAUGAAAUGGUGGAUAGCAUCAGUAGAACGGCUCACGGCAGAAACGGCGCCGCAGAACACGGUACCGAGACUCGACAACCUUUUUUGAAUAAAGAGGAUUUACUAGACCAAGAAACAUUUGAUCAAUGGUCUGGAGAGCAGCUUGAAAGAGAGGACGAUGAGGGGAUACACAAUGUACCCGAUGAGACAGAAAAUCCUCAUGAAGAGCCUCUACUGCAUGAAGGUACAGACAUCAAAACCCAACCUGCUUACUCUACGGCAGAACCCCCGGAUGUUGUAGGCGCCGAAAACACAGACAGACAACCGUUUCAGGACAAUCCCAACCAACCUGUAGAUAUGCCACAGGGUUAUGACGACGCAGUUAUCGGGUACAGGGAUGGAGAACAGAUGAACAGUGAACCCGCCCAUCCCUUGGAAGAGCAACCGGGCCUGACUCAUGAGAACACCGACAACAACAAGGAUAUAGAUCGGCCCCUAGAAAAUCUGCAGAACCCAGCUGCCUUGGGUCAAGAUAAUUCACAAAGACGUGGGGACCGUACAGAUGGACCGGGGGGAGUACAUGUUCACGAACGGCCCCAGUGGGUGCAAGGUGGGGACUCGACAGAUGAUGAUGAGCCAAGUGGCUUCCCAGAGGAGCUUACACUCGAGGUUGGAAUUCCUGUGGUGCUGACCGCGCUCGCAGUAGCCUUUGUUAUUGCCUUUAGAAUGCCAUGCAAAAGACUACACAUGAAGACAAGGAAAAGGAGUAGAUCUGACGGCUUCACUGAUGUGGGCAGUCCACGUCUUUUAAAGAGUUUCUCCAUUCAACAGUCAUGAAAAUGUUAGAUAGAAAUGCAAUCCCCAGAGCAAUGGCAGCAUUAGCACAGAAUGGCAUGCGGGUUCCACGUUAUGUGCUUAACGAUGGACUUUCCUCUCCCCAGAAAAAAGUAAGCGAAAGAGAACAAAUAGAUUCAUCUUUUUUUAACUUGGGUAAGUGGAAUAUGAAACUUCUGCGGGGGAAUAUGUAAAACUUCUGGGAGUGGAAUAUGAACCUGUCUGUUGUACAUUUAAUUUGGUACAUUUGGAACCCAUCAACCAUCAAUGUACACGUAUACUCAUGUAUAGGUCAUGUAUUUCUUAAGCACCCUAGUUGUGUAAUUUAUUAUGAAUAUGGAAUUUGUGAAAUUUAUCAUUUCUUUGAAGACGAUGACAUUAUUUAUGACUAUGUUAAAUACGACAGAAAUAUGACGUUAAUUAGCGUAUUAGUGACAUUACUAAAUUAUGAAUGUAUAACGACAAGCUAUGAUAAGAUAGAACUUUGUGAUAUGCCAAUACCUUAGCCAGAACUGCAUACUACGUACGCAAUGCUCUGAUACAAUUGUAACAUCAUUUAACACAAGGUUUUAAGAAAUAAUAUCAAAUACAUAAUUAGCAUUUAAUUCAGUAUUCACAAUGAAUAUCAUUACUUUGCCUUCUUCAGUUUACAUUUGUCACAGGAGUCUUAUAACACUACGAAUCUACUGAAAUCACUUUACUUAUUGGAAUUCAUUCAAUUUACAAUAAAAAGCAUUAAAAACAAAUCAAACACCCAUAGCUAUGUGCGACAUCCUUGGUCUAUUUGGGAAAAACUAAAAGGUGUAUAUAUACAUACUUUGUUCACACUAUUCUCUUAAAACGUGAAUAGCAUGAAGCAAUACAUUGUGUGACAAAUAUGGGACACCAAGAGAACUAUGGACAGCCAUCUGAUUAAAACCCUCCAGCUAUUUUUCGUUAUGGCGUUCUGCCCCCCCCCCCUAGGAGACCCUCCAAAAUCAAACUAUUGAUGACUGAAAAUUACUGAAAUUGCGAUGGCUAUUCUGAUAGUUCUAAUUAAGGUAUGAAAUAAAGUUUUAUAUUCCCAUAUCUAUUGUGUUCUUAGGUUUUACUGACAAAAAUUUGAAGAUGAAGUAUUGAAAUUAAAAGGGUGUUACAGGGGGUUACCAGAACCAAUGAAAACACAAUUUUUGACUCUCUACAUUUCUGUGAUCUUUAAGGGGCUUGUUCUCCGACACCCAGCAAUUUAAAUGAAUGGUUUUACCUUUACUAGAUAAAGGAAUGUGUACUAAUUGAAAAUCAAACAUUGUCUAAUUGGGCCAUGCAUACCAUGAGCCGUGAGCGGGGGGUCUUUAUGGGGAUUUUCCAGGUUUUGACGAUGUCAAAACAGGUAAUAACUGCUCACUACGGGGUAACGAACAAAUUUUUGGUGUCAUUGUGUAGAAACACUGCUUAGUUGUCAAAAACGCUCCAGCUAAUUGCAAGUGUUUAAUGGGGCUCUGUAUGGGGGAUAUAAGGCUACUUGAAAAUGAAUUCUGCUGGUUUUACCCACUUCUGUUGCUCUGUAAGUGCUCAAUAUGGGUUAAGUUAUGUCAUUUAUUGGUUUCUCUGUCUAGGAACAAUUCUUAAUUGUCAAGAAAGAUAGUUACUGCUUUUCAAUCUGGGCUCUGUAUGGGGGAUAUAAGGAUAUGUGAAAUAAAAUUAAGCUCCUUGCUCAGUGCCUAGUUAUGGGCUCAAAUGUUGGGCUGCGUUACUUGUCAUUGUUCGGUUGUGUGACAUUCAAGUCUAACAGUUUCAUUAAUUCAACGUGUCUGUCUUUCCUCCGACGGACUAGCGCCUGCCAUAUAGCGACAGAAAAUGUUCCUAUGAAAAUACAUGUCAGACCAAAGCCAUCAAAGAUAGUCGGUACAAAGCCGAGCAGUGCCCACUGCAGUCCAUAGGCAGAGAACGCAUUGGACUGUAGCAGUGCAGUUACAGCAUUGAUCUCCACAAGCUUCAGGCCAGCGUACCUCAGCACGAUUCCUGUACCACGACUUGCACAGUUUGCAAACAAGACUGCGGCAGCAGUCGGCUCCAGGUACCAUGUUUCACUCGUAAAAAUCGUUGUUAGCCCUGACACAACUGUGGCUAUGCCGUAAGUGUAUGUCAAAAUCAUCGUUUUCGAGGUGGAUUCCAUAAGCAUUUUGACGUUAAUGUUCAGCAUGGCGUGCAACAAUGCUGCACCGAUGGCUAGCACAAUUCCUAGAACAACGCCGUCGUUGUUGACCGUUGACGGGCUCUUGUUGAUGGUGGCGCUAUAACCCAGUAGUGAAACACCUGCUAUACACCAUAGACUGCCAAACAUGGUCAUACGUGUGG